AUGGAUGUGAAAGAGGUCUCUAUUCCCCCUGCCGAUCCACCCCUCCUCCAUUCAUGGGUCAGGUUUACUGCCUGCAUAGGUGUGUUUACAGGUGAGGGUGUGGCUUAUCAGAGGUACUUCACCAGCUUCACUUCCACUCUUCACACACUCGCCCUCAGCAGCCCGGACAGAACCAUGAUGGACACCGAGGUGACCAUAGAUCCACCAGGAACUGACUGCAAAUCCAAACAAAUAUCUGAGAAGAUUCAGGAGGAUGAAACAGGGCUGAAGGAUCCAUGUGCACCGAUGCAGAAUGGACAGAGUCCAAAAUCAAGUGACGGUCUAGGAGAAAAGUCAGGUGGUCCAAGCCUGGACGGUCCUCCAGAUCAGGACGACGUGGUGUGCGACUCCUGCAUCGAGAGUCCUCGCCGUGCCAAAAAGUCAUGCCUGACGUGUCUGGUUUCGUACUGCGAGGAUCACCUGAGGCCCCACCUGGAGAAGGAGAAGUUCCAGAGUCACCGGCUGGUGGAGCCGCUGAAGGACGUGGAGAGACAGACGUGUGAGAAGCACAGCUCGCCGCUGGAGCUCUACUGCUGCGUCGACGCCUGCUGCGUGUGUCAGGAGUGUGUGAGUGAGCAGCACCAACAGCAUGAAACGCUGAGCAUCACAGAGGCUCGCCGAAAAAUCGAGAAAGAGCUGCAGGAUAAACAGGCGGAGACGGUGAAAACGUUGACGGUAGCAGAGAAUUCCAUCAACAAACUACAGAGCAACCUUCAGUCUGUGCAGGCAUGCGUAGAGGAGCUGCGGGCGGUGGUGCAGCAGCAGGUGAACACGCUGCAGGCGGUGGUGCAGAAGGUGGGUGCAGAGCUGAGUGAGGUGUUGAAGGUUGAACAGAAGAACACGGUGGGUGAGGUGAACGCUGUUCAGAUGCAGGUGGGGCAAAGCUGCGCUGAACUGAAGAGAACCGACAGUCACCUGGAAAAGCUCUGCAAGAACAAGAACGACCUCCACUUUCUGCAGGAAUACUGUCAGUGGAAGAAGAACAGUCCCAGUGUGGCUCUACCUGUUGUGUGUAUGAACCAGACGGAUCGUUUACAGGCCUUCAGUCGUAUCAUCACACACACCACUCAGGAACUGUGCAGCACGAUCCUCACGACCUACCGUAACGCACUCCAGGAGUCCUGUACAACCGAAAACACUUCAGAUCCAGCUACAGGAGUUCAGCUCAGUGGUGUAAAGCAGAACCUCUCGCUGCCAGAACCAGAGAGCAGAGACGACUUCCUUAAAUAUGCAUCUCCUCUAACUUUCGACUGUGACACGGUGCACCAGUUCCUCCGUGUGACGCAUGACGGCAGGAAGCUGACCAACACCACGCCAUGGCAGCACGGCUACCCCGAGAAACCCGAACGAUUCCAACACUAUAAGCAGGCGCUGGCGGCCCAAAACUUCUCCUCCGGACGGCAUUAUUUCGAAGCAGACCUGGGUGGAGCGGGUGUUCACGUAGGAGUAACGUACGCCAGGAUGGCACGCCAGGGCGAGGCUAAGGAGGCGUGCUUCACGGGCAGCGGCGUCUCCUGGUGUGUCGAGUGGAACGGCCGUGCGUUCUCGGCCUGGCACGGGGAUGUGGAGACCGUCCUGAGCGCCCCCAAGGCUACGAGAGUGGGAAUCUAUGUCGACUUCGGGUGUGGCGCGGUGGCGUUUUACAGAGUGGGUUUGGACGCCGGGAUGGAGCUGAUGCAUCGGUACGGGGUGGAACUGAGUGAGCCGCUGUACCCUGCGGUCUUCCUUCCCAAGAAGGAGAACGUGGUCGUGUUGGUGGAACCAGGAGAGGAGCUUCUCCUCAAAAGCCCAUCACCACCAUGUUCUCCACCGUGAACUGUAACAGUCCGGGUGUUGAUGUAAAUAAGGAAAAUAAUCAAUGGCAGAUAGUGUGACUGAACCAAAAGAACCGUUAGUACUUGGGUCUGUGCUUCAUUUCACCCACUGUUCUUUGUGUGCAUCAUUAGUGUCCUCUGUGAUUGUUUAUAGUCACAUUAAACGUGGU